AUGGCCCAACCAGCUCUUUCCGUAGACGAAGCCACUCGGCUUGAACGACGACGCAAGCAGUGUCGCAUGAGCCAACGGCGCUACCGCGACAAGAGAGGCUCAACCGAGUACAAUCUCAAGUUAGACGUCAACAAUCUGCGCGAGAGCGUGCAGUCACUCAAAGGUAUGCGAAAGCUACUGGAGACGAAAAUCUGGAGCUCCAAGGUGGCGCAGAACGCGGCCGUGCUCAAGGCCGUGGAGCAAUACUAUUCUGUGUUCGAACAGGGUCUGCACAACCCAGAGGCUGGCGGAGAAAACGUGCGCAAGUGUUUCCAGAUGCAACUUGGCUUCCUUGACGCCUUCUUGGACCCGCACGUUCAGUUUGGAGACGCGCGUGGCAUCACGGAAAUACUGGAGCAAUGGCACCGCUACACGCAGUUUCAUGCAUGGAUCGAGGUCAGUUUCGUGUCUGCCGAGGUAUUCGGCUCUAUAGAUUCUGUGGUCGUCGUGGCGCACGGUUCGCUCACGAUACUGGUGAACCGUGUCACGCUUGAGAAGGUUUUCCCUCGUGCUUUAAACGAAUCGAAGCUUGCAUCUGCAAUGCUGGACCAUGUGGUCGAUUACCGGACAACCACCACUUUUUCUUUCAAUGAGCGUGCGCAGGUCGAGCGUCUUGACUGGGAAGUAGAUUUCCUAAGCGGCCUCAGCAACCUCUUGGGGAGCGCCGUUGAUGCAUCACAUGUGCUGCAAGGCGCGCUCCUCACAGAAGGCUCCAAGAUGAGCGCCAGUGUCGAAGACGAUACGUUGGACGGACGGCGGCGGCACAGCAUGGUAGGGCGCGAGUUGGCGCGGGCAAUACAGGACAAAACGCUGCGAGCAAGUCUGGACUACAUCAUCCCUGACUGCUCUGGUCUAACUUGCUCCGUAGAACUUAAAUGA